CAGAGCGAAUUAUUCUUUCGCCUUUUACUAAAGAAUACCGUGUGCUUGCCGUUUCUAAGCAGCAUACACUGAUUUUUGGAGGGGCUGCUCGUUCGAGUAAAGCCUCUUAUCAAAUUAGUUAAAAUAAGCUAUCUAACAUUCAUUUAAGGAGGUCGUGGAUUUGGUAAAUUGCUGCACGCUCUCCAUGUCUCAAUCAACAUAAUUGGUAAUUAGCAUGCAAGUUGAGCUGAUGGCACCCAAUUCAAAGAAGAUAAAACGUCAUAUACGAGUAAGAGUAAAAUCCUACAUCGAGAGGAUAAAAGAAACGACUCGCCUAGUGGCAUCACGAGAAAUGACGAUACGCAGGAUAUAUUACAAAUUCCAUCGUCUGUUAAAUUCACAGAAUCAUGGAUCUUCGGCACCACAUAAACAAAGUAAGGUUGAUAAGGAUACAUGAAGUAAAAAUUAACUAUAUCUUUAAUUUUCUUUCCAGAGGAAGUUAUUGCUAUUUCACAGAGCAGGCCGCCAUUUUUUUAAUGACGGAGCUGGCCGCCAAUUUAACUAAUGUUGGAAAGACUCGAAUGCUUACAUGAAGGAUGUUAGCUUGCAGUCCAAGUUCAUGAUAUGAAGACCUCUCUGUUUCUCUUUACACUUGAAUGUUUCUUCAAAUCCUAGAAUCCAUGGUUUCUUACACAGUUUCUCGUUGUGGGUCGUUUUCAUUUUUGAAAUAUAGUCGAUUGACGAGUAAAUUCAACGCCGAAAUUAAUAUUAAAAACGCCCAGAAAUUUCAAAGGUGUUUUUGUGGAGAUUGGGGUAGAUUGAGAUUAGCUUGUUUUGCUACGACGGCAACUUGUCGCUCGUUUGAAGACUUAUCUGGCCAAGAAAAUGAAGGCUAUCCAAAAGGAAUUGACUUUUUAAAUUUCAUGGAGGAGCGUGGAAUUCGUGGGAAUUAUCAGACUUUUCUUUUGCUCUUAGAAGGAUGUUCAUUGGAAGAUGGCAACAGGCUCCAUGGGAAGAUUUUGAAGUUGGGUUUCGACAGAGAAUAUUCUCUAUGCGAUAAAUUGAUUGAUUUUUAUCUUGCUUUAGGUGACUUAGAUGGUGCACUCAAGGUUUUCGAUGAUAUGCCAACUAGAAAUGUGUUUUCAUGGAAUAAGAUGAUUGCUGCGUUUCUUGCAAAGAAAUUGACUGGUAAGGUGUUGGAUUUGUUUUCUCGGAUGGUGGUCGAGAACAAUGUGAAUCCCAACGAGAGUACUUUCGCGGCCGUUUUAAGGAGUCUUGUUGCAUUUGACUUUGUUGAGCAGAUUCAUGGUAGAAUUAUACGCCAUGGUUUUGGUGCUAGCACACUUAUAUGCAACCCCUUAAUUGAUUUAUACUCCAAAAAUGGAUAUAUAAUUUCUGCCAGGAAGGUUUUUGACAAAUUAUAUCUCAAGGAUAAAGUUUCUUGGGUGGCCAUGAUUUCUGGUCUUUCUCAGAACGGAUUUGAGGAAGAUGCUAUUCGCCUAUUCUGUGAUAUGCAUGCAUCGGGAAUUUUACCUACUCCAUAUACUUUCUCGAGUGUUUUAAGUGCUUGCACCAAAAUAGAGUCCUUUGAUGUGGGUGACCAGAUUCAUGGCCUUGUUUUUAAGUUUGGAUUUUCUUCUGAAACAUAUGUGUGCAAUGCACUUGUUACAUUCUACUCCCGCUUGGGGAAUUUAAUAUCAGCUGAACAAAUAUUUUGCAACAUGUGGGAAAAAGAUUCAGUUACUUAUAAUUCACUCAUCUCUGGGCUAGCUCAACACGGAUAUGGUAAUAGAGCUAUGAAGUUGUUUGAGGAAAUGCAGCUUGACAGCUUGAAACCAGAUUGUAUCACGGUUGCAUGUCUCUUGAGUGCCUGCGCAUCAAUUGGAGCUCUUAUUAAGGGGCAGCAACUCCAUUCUUUUGUAAUUAAAUUGGGAAUGUCUUCAGACAUUAUUAUUGAAGGUUCUCUUCUUGAUCUGUAUGUGAAAUGCUUUGAAAUAGAAACCGCUCAUGAGUUCUUCCUUACGACAGAAACUGGAAAUGUGGUUUUAUGGAAUGUGAUGCUAGUUGCUUAUGGGCAGUUGGAAAAUCUGGACAAGUCAUUUAGGAUUUUCAGACAGAUGCUGGUUGAAGGUGUUAUCCCAAAUCAGUUUACCUAUCCUAGUAUUUUGAGAACUUGCACUUCUUUGGGAGCUCUUGAGUUGGGUAAGCAGAUCCAUAGUCAAGCUAUAAAAACCGGGUUUCAGUUUAAUGUUUAUGUCUGUAGUGUGCUCAUAGGUAUGUAUGCCAAGCUUGGCCAACUAGAUACUGCCUAUGGAAUUCUCAGAAGACUUGGAGAGGAAGAUAUAGUAUCUUGGACAGCUAUGAUUGCAGGGUAUACACAGCAUGAUUUGUUUGCUGAGGCCCUUAAGCUUUUUGGAGAAAUGCUUAGCCGAGGGAUCCAAUGUGACAACAUAGGAUUUUCAAGUGCAAUCAGUGCAUGUGCUGGUCUUCAGGCCUUCAAUCAGGGACAACAACUUCAUGCUCAAUCAUGUGUUGCUGGUUACUCAAACGAUCCUUCAAUUGGAAAUUCACUUGUUAGUCUUUAUUCUAGAUGUGGUAAAAAACAUGAAGCAUACCUAGCAUUUGAGAAAAUUGAAGCUAAAGACAAUAUAUCAUGGAAUUCACUAAUAUCAGGACUUGCACAAGGUGGAUACUGUGAAGAAGCAUUGCAGACCUUUGCUAAAAUGAACAAAGCUGGUAUAGAAGCUAAUUUAUUUACAUUUUGCUCCACAAUUAGUGCUGCUGCUAAUAUAGCAGAUAUUAAACAAGGGAAGCAGAUCCAUGCCAUGGUCAUUAAAAGGGGAUGUGAUCUAGAAAUCGAAGCUUCUAAUGCUUUGAUCACAUUGUAUUCAAAAUGUGGUGGUAUUGCUGAUGCAAAAAGACAGUUCUUUGAAAUGCCUGGGAAAAAUCAAGUUUCUUGGAAUGCCAUGAUAACAGGCUAUUCUCAACAUGGGUUUGGCGUUGAAGCACUUGAUCUUUUUGAAAAGAUGAAGCAACUUGAUGUUACUCCAAACCAUGUUACUUUUGUGGGAGUUUUAUCUGCUUGUAGCCAUGCAGGUUUUGUGAACAAGGGACUUAGCUACUUUGCAUCCAUGACCAAAGAGCAUGGCUUGGUACCUGAGCCUAACCAUUACGUUUGUGUUGUGGAUCUGUUAGGUAGGGCUGGUCUUUUGACCCGUGCAAAAAAAUUUAUAGAGGAAAUGCCAGUAGAACCAGAUGCUAAUGUUUGGAGGACCUUGUUAAGUGCUUGUAUAAUUAAUAAGAAUAUGAAAAUUGGAGAAUAUGCUGCUAGUCAUCUUCUAGGAUUAGAACCUGAAGACUCGGCAACUUAUGUUCUUCUAUCAAAUAUAUAUGCUGUGACUGGAAAUUGGGAUGCUAGGAAUCGAACGAGGCAAAUGAUGAAAGAGAGGGGUGUAAAGAAAGAAGCUGGUCGUAGCUGGAUUGAGGUUAAGAACUCAGUUCAUGCAUUCUUUGUUGGUGAUCAGCUCCAUCCAUUAGCAGAUAAGAUAUAUGAGUACAUAGGGGAUCUGAAUAAACGGGCAGCUGAAAUUGGUUAUGUGCAGGAUUAUUCUAGCCUUUCUAAUGAAGUAGAGCAAGGACAAAAAGACCCGAUUAUAUCCACACACAGUGAGAAAUUAGCUAUUGCUUUUGGACUCCUUAGCUUGUCUAGAGGAAUGCCUAUACGUGUAAUUAAGAAUCUCCGCGUAUGUAAUGACUGUCAUAACUGGAUUAAGUUUGUGUCAAAAAUAUCAAAUCGAGCUAUUGUAGUAAGGGAUACAUACCGCUUUCAUCAUUUUGAAGGUGGUAUUUGUUCAUGUAGAGACUACUGGUAAGUUAAGUCUGCAGGAAGAAAUAUUGAAGGAAAUUUGGAGCGGAGUAUCAAAGAUGAAAGCCUCCUUGCCCAGAAAAAUAUCUCUGAAUAAUGUGGGAAGCAGGGAAGUGAUCAUCAUGGCUGUAAGGCCUCUGGUUCUCUUUACUUCUCUUCUCUUUCCACACAGGGAUGGAUGGAUCCAACAAGCAUGCACAUGGAGACGCAUAGAAUGCUUAGCCACACUUAAAAGAAAGAAUGAAUUGAG